CAGCAGCUUCCUUUCCCCGUGCCGUCAGCGGACAACAACGUGUCCCGACAAAAUGGCACUUUAUAAUUUUAAGAAGAUUAUGGUGGUUCCCACCGCCAAGGAUUUCAUCGACAUCACUUUAUCCAAAACCCAAAGGAAGACGCCCACGGUGGUCCACAAACACUACCAGAUCCACCGUAUCCGACACUUUUAUAUGCGAAAGGUGAAAUUCACCCAGCAGAACUACCAUGACCGACUCUCGCAGAUCCUCACCGACUUCCCCAAACUGGACGACAUCCAUCCGUUUUACGCCGACCUGAUGAACGUCUUGUAUGAUAAAGAUCAUUAUAAAUUGGCUUUGGGGCAGAUUAACAUCGCCAAGAAUCUGAUUGACAAUGUUUCCAAAGACUACGUACGUCUGAUGAAGUACGGAGACUCUCUGUAUCGGUGUAAACAGCUGAAGAGAGCCGCUCUGGGUCGGAUGUGCACCAUCCUGAAGCGUCAGAAGUCCAGUCUGGAGUAUCUGGAACAAGUCCGUCAGCAUCUGUCUCGUCUGCCGACCAUCGACCCGAACACCAGGACCCUGCUUCUGUGUGGUUACCCCAACGUGGGCAAAUCCAGCUUCAUCAACAAGGUGACCCGAGCAGAUGUUGACGUGCAGCCGUACGCGUUCACCACCAAGUCUCUGUUUGUGGGUCACAUGGACUACAGAUACCUCCGCUGGCAGGUCGUAGACACCCCCGGUAUCCUGGAUCACCCUCUGGAGGAAAGGAACACCAUUGAGAUGCAGGCCAUCACUGCUCUGGCUCACCUGCGAGCGGCCAUCCUCUACGUCAUGGACACGUCGGAGCAGUGCGGACACACUCUGGCGGAGCAGCUGGUGCUCUUCAACAGCAUCCGCCCGCUGUUCGCCAACAAGCCUCUCAUCGUCGUUGCCAACAAGUGCGACGUGAAGAAGAUCACUGAACUGACCGAGGAGAACCAGAAAAUCUUUACCGACCUCACAGCUGAGGGGAUCCCCGUCAUCGAGACCAGCACCCUGACUGAGGAGGGAGUCAUGCAGGUUAAAAACGAGGCCUGCGACCGACUCCUCUCCCAUCGCGUCGACAACAAGAUGAAAGGAAAGAAGGUCCAUGAUGUUCUGAACCGUCUCCACCUCGCCAUGCCUGCCAAGAGAGACGACAAGGUCAGACCUCCGUUCAUCCCAGAGGGAGCGAUGGCGCGUAAGAAGGCCAUGGAGGUGGACGCACCCAAACGCAAGACGGAGAGAGAUCUGGAGGUGGAGCUUGGAGACGAUUAUAUUCUGGAUCUGCAGAAAUACUGGGAUCUGAUGAACGAGGAGGAGAAGAACGAUAAGAUCCCUGAAGUCUGGCAGGGACACAACAUCGCUGAUUACAUCGAUCCUGACAUCAUGAAGAAACUGGAGGACCUGGAGACGGAGGAGGAUCUGAAGGAGAAAGCCGGAGAGUACGACUCUGACGAGGACAGCGAGGACGAGGAGAUGCAGGAGAUCCGAGUCCUCGCCAAACAGAUCCGAGAGAAGAAGAUGCUCAUCGUGGCUCAUUCGAAGGAGAAGGACAUACACGGGCCGCGCAUGCCGAGGACCGCAACCAAGGUUGAGAGGAAGAACAUUGAGAAGCAGAUGGGCGAUCUGGGUCUGGAUAUGGAGGAUAAGGACGAGAGUCAUUACGCACAACAGGCCCGACGGUCUCGCAGCGUCACCAAGAAACGAAAGCGUGAAACUUCGGCUCCUCCUCUCUCCAAAACACGCAGCCAGAGCGCCUCCCGUCCUCCUCGAGACAAGUCUGGACUCAGAGACGCAAAGAUGGCGAAGAAGGCGAAGAAGAUGAUGAAGAACUCCCAGAGAGACAUGAACCGCGACGGCAAGAAGGGAGAGGCGGACAGACACGUGUUCGACCUCAAACCCAAACAUCUUCUGGCCGGGAAGAGGAAGUCAGGAACCAACGACCGCAGAUAAAACACUUCUGCUCCUCCUUCUUCUUCUUCUUCUUUCUUUUUUUUUCUUUUUUUCUCUGGACUGUUGUGACCUGGACGCUCUUGGACAUCAGUCUUUAUUCUGUGUGUUUCCUCAGCAGUUAAAAAAAACAAAAGAACAUGAAACAUCUUCUUUUUAACUUGAGGAAACUGUUAUUUUUAUGACAUGGGAACGUCGGCACCGAGCUGCUGCAGGAGAGCACCAGCUCAUUUAAAUAAGUCAUAAUAACAAUUAUAGUGUAUUUCGUGUAUUUGCCAACUCUAUAUAGAACUAUGUUUUGUCACUAUCAAAAAUUUAGACCUGGAUUAACU